AAUAUUUCAGGUAGAUGUGAUCUUCUGCUAGGAAAAAAUAUCUUCUUUAUGAGAUAAAAUGAUACUAGUUACUACUUCUUUACAUGAAUUUGCCUCUUUCUUCAGGACUGGCUUUGAAGAGGACAAGAACUUCCAUGUUGUUCUAAAUUCUGUCAUAGCAGGGCGCUAUCAUGUUACUGAGUAUCUUGGAUCUGCUGCAUUCAGCAAAGCCAUACAGGCACAUGACCUGCAUACGGGCAUGGAUGUUUGUGUGAAAAUCAUAAAGAACAAGAAGGAUUUUUUUUAUCGAAGUCUCAAUGAGAUAAAGCUUCUCAAGUAUGUCAACAAGCAUGAUCCUGCUGAUAAGUACCAUAUUCUCUGGCUGUAUGAGUACUUCUACUACCAGGUAAGUGAAUAAAUGGGUGUUGCUGUGGCACAUAAAUUUGUGGUGGCAGAUAUUUGACUUCUUUCAAUGCAGUAGUGCUAUUUACCUAGUUCUACAGUAGAUUCUUUUGUGUUUGAUGGUUUCUAUUCAAUUAUUUCAAGUGUUUCCACACAUGUUAGUUUAUGACAAGUUCUGAUUUAAGUAAAAGCUGAAUUCUUUUAUUUUCAGGAAUAUUUGUUAAUUUGUAUGUGAACUUAUCAAGACAAACUUAUACGAGUUUCAUAAAUUUAAUAGAGAAUCAGGGGGUGAGGUUUAUUUCACAAUGCCAAGAUUACAGUCAAUUACCAUUCAAUGUUUGGAGGCACUUCAAUUUUUGCAUGAUCUUGGUCUUAUACAUUGUGAUCUAAAGCCUGAAAAUAUAUUAGUGAAAAGCUACAGUAGAUGUGAGGUCAAGGUCAUUAAUCUUGGGAGUAGCUGUUUUGAGACAGAUCAUCCAUGUUCUUAUGUUCAAUCGAGGUCGUAUCGUGCACCAGAGGUUAUCCUGGGGCUUCCAUAUGAUAAGAAGAUAGACAUCUGGUCACUUGGCUGCAUCUUGGCAGAACUUUGUACUGGCAAUGUCCUUUUCCAAAAUGAUUCACCAGCAACAUUACUUGCAAGGGUUAUUGGAAUCAUUUGUCCCA